GUCUGUCGCGGGACGGUCUGGGCAGCUAGGGCGCUGGGCCGGGAGGAGGCGGCAGGAGCAAUAAGAGCCGGAACAACAACAGCAGCCGCGCCGAGCCCAGCCCAGCCCAGCCCAGCCGCGCCGCGCCGCGCCGCGCCGUGCAGCCACCGGCUCCCCGCGCCCGCGCCCGCGAUCGAGAUCGCGAUGGCCCUGCAGAGCCCCGAGUCUGGAGGAGAGAAGGGGCCCUGGGAGGCGGAGGCGGAGGCAGAGGCGGAGGAGAAGGAGCCGGCGAGCAGCCCCGAGCCCGAGCUCACGGUGAGCACCCGCGGCCCCGGCUCCGGCCCCGGCCCGAGUUUCCAGCCCCCCGAGGGGGGCUACGGCUGGCUCGUGGUGUUCGCCGCCACCUGGUGCAACGGCUCCAUCUUCGGCAUCCAGAACUCCUUCGGGAUCAUCUACACAAUGCUGCUGAAGGAAGAGGCAGGAGAGAAAAGCCAGCAAGAGUUUAAGGCAGCAUGGGUUGGAGCCCUGGCUAUGGGAAUGAUCUUCUUGUGUUCUCCCAUCGUGAGCAUCUUCACUGACCGGAUGGGCUGCAGAAUCCCAGCGACAGCUGGGGCGGCCGUCGCCUUCAUUGGCCUCCUUACCAGUUCCUUCACCAGCUCCCUGGAGGCCCGCUUCUUCACCUACGGCAUCCUGUUUGGCUGUGGGAGUUCCUUUGCCUUCCAGCCCUCGCUGGUCAUCCUGGGCCACUACUUCCAGAGGCGCCUGGGCCUGGCCAACGGUGUGGUGGCUGCUGCCAGCAGCCUCUUCUCCAUGUCCUUCCCUUUCCUGAUGAAGAUCCUGGGGGAGAAGGUCAAGCUGGCCCAUACCCUCCAGGUGCUCAGCAUCUUCAUGCUGAUCCUCACGCUCCUGUCACUCACCUACCGGCCCCUCCUGCCCACAACUCAGAACCCCCGGGCCAAGCUAGGACGGAGCCUCCGGCAGCAGUGCCUGGGCCACUUGACCAACUACUGCAACAUGAGGGUCUUCUAUCACAGGACCUAUCGCAUCUGGGCAUUUGGCAUUGCCACAGCGGCCCUGGGCUAUUUCAUCCCCUACGUGCACUUGAUGAAGUACGUGGACAAGCAGUUCACCGGGGAGGAGAAGAUCAAGGACACCUGGGUCCUCUUGGUGUGUAUCGGGGCCACCUCAGGCAUUGGCCGCCUGGUGUCUGGCCGGAUCAGUGACUCCAUUCCUGGCCUAAAGAAGAUCUACCUACAGGUCAUUGCCUUUAUGCUCCUGGGCCUGAUGUGUAUGAUGAUCCCUCUGUGCAAGGGAUUUGGUGGCCUCAUUGUCGUCUGCCUCUUCCUUGGCCUGUGUGAUGGCUUCUUCACCACCAUCAUGGCACCCGUUGCCUUUGAACUGGUUGGGCCCAUGCAGGCGUCUCAGGCCAUUGGCUACCUCCUAGGCAUGAUGGCACUGCCCAUGACUGCCGGACCCCCCAUAGCAGGUGUCCUCUACAAGUGUUUUGAGAACUACCACGUGGCCUUCUACUUUGCCGGCGUGCCCCCCAUAAUUGGAGGCAUAAUCCUCUUCUUUGUCCCACUGUUCCAUCGGAAGAUCCCCAAAAAGCAGGAGAUGGACUCCAGCAAGGACAAGAUGCUGGCCUCAGACACCAUCAUGAAUGGAGAGCUGCUGCCCGGGGCCCCCACCACAGAGGCUCACAUCUAAUGACCUGCCCCUCCUCCCCACUGCUGCCUCCCCCUGGCCUUUGCCCUCUGGCCUCCAGCACCUCUCCCUCACCCCAGCCACAGGCACUUCCUGCACCCCCUCGGGUGCCCUGUGUUCAUUAGCCAAGUUCUUCCCAUUUAAUGCAUUGUACUUUUCCAGUGCCAUGAGAUGGUGGCUUUUCUCUUGCCUUUUAGACUCUCCCCAGGGAUUUGCUAAUCUCCCAAUGAGGUUGGGAAGAUGUUAGAACAUCCUGGCCCCAGCUUGGAGGCCACCAGCAGAAACCAACUUCUGGUAGUGGUCCCUCUGGUCCCAGAAGCCUUUGGGGCAGAUCCAGGCCCCCGAGUGCUGACAAGUUAGUCAUGAACACGCACAUGCUCCAUCUAUCUUUGGGAGUAGUGGGGAGAGAGAAAAUUCCGAUGUCAUUGAAUGCUAGUGUCACACAACUGAGUGAUACCUCUCAUCAAGCUAUUGGGAUCCCCUUACUAGUGGUUCUGUCCACACCAGUGGGAGAGCUUUGGUGAGGGGCUAUCUAUCCCUUUUCCCUUGGAGGCAGUUGCUCCUUCCUUAUCCCGUUACUCCACUUCUUCCCUCCCCUCUUCCUCUGUUUCUUCUUGUUACAGGGUGCUGGGACAAAGGAGUAACCCAACCAACCAACAGGCAUCAAUUAAGUGCCAGGAACUGUGCUAGGUGCUAGGCCGUGCCCUUCCAAGUACGGGGUGGUCUGUCCCAUCCCAUCAUAUCCUGUCCCGUCCCACCAAUACCAAAUCUGCUCAGUGACAUAUGUGACUCUGUGUGGACCAAGAUCAGUCACGAUAGAGACUGAUCCCUUCUUCUGUUUUCCCCACAUGCGGAACGGGGGCAGGGCAGGGGGGGGGGCAGGGUUGGACUUUUCAAGUAUCUCUUAGGUUUCAUCCAGUUCUAAAUCUUUAAACUCCACAAACCACAUUUUCCUGGGGUGGGAACAGGUAGUUUCUCCUCUUUGACUGUUGAUCCUCAUGGGUCUGAGUUGGGUGAGGAGAGGGGUGUCCUCCAGGGAUACUUCCUCGGCUCCUCAAGGCCUUUCAUGGGCCUUGUGGGAACGCUGCUGCCACCAGAGUGCUUGGCAAGUGAGGGGAGCCUGGCUCUUCCAAACCUCUUAAGAUUGGUCCACAUGGGGUGAAUGCAGGCCUCAAUCCUCAUUCAGAAGCUUCUGACGAAUGUUGGGGGCAUCCAUUGCUCUCUCAAUCCCCAGGCCGGACGCAUUCCAUGAAUGUACAUGCAGCAUAGUCAAUUCCCACCACUGCCAAGGAGACAAUUGCCCUUGUCUAAGCUGACCUCAGAAACUUUGCCCCAGGUCCUCCUUUAGUUACUACAUGAAGCCCUGUGUGCAUCACUUUUUUUUUCCUCCAAAUGGAGUGAGUCCUAUACCGAGUCCAUUGAGAAUACAAACCCAAGCCCCUGGUCAUUCAUCAGCUAAUCUAACCUUGGUAAACCUCUCUGAGGCUGUUUCCUCUUGGAAAAUGGGACCAUCGAGCCAAACGAAUGCUCGAGUGUUUGUCAGCCCUGUCUAGGAACCUAUCCCUGGCUCUGUAAUGACAGGUCAGUAUUAUGGGGAAAGGUAGCCCCAGACCCACUCCAAAAACUGGACCCCAGCCACCUGUAGGGAACAUCUGGAGCUAAAGGGGGUUGUGGGAGGGUUUCAUCAGACAACAGAGAGCCGUCCUGUAAUCCCACCCCUUCAGUUGUCUAGGGGGAAAUUAAUUUGCCUCCAUCCUGACCCCACUGCUACAAUGGGGCUCUCUGGACUGCUCGGUUCAGGAGGUGGAAGGAGGGAGCUGGCAUUUCCCCAGAAGCGAGGGGCGCCCAGGCAGGAGUCUGACCCUAGCUAAUGCAGGCACAAAAGCUGCCAGGAAUAGACAGCCCUGGCCCAGGCCUCUCUCUGUGAAGCAGAUGCCAGCUUCUUGCCCCUGCCCGGGCCCUGGGCAGCAGGCCUGCUGAAUAGCGCCCCAAAUGCCCCUGGUCUGAGAACAAAGGGAAUCAUCAGGGCCACUUGAAGACUUGCUCAUUAGGCUUGGAACAGCCAGCUAGGGCCCCUUCCCGGCCUCUCUCCACUUGGACCUCUGGCCUCUGCCUUUGUGUCUUAAUGUGUAGUCUCUGUGUCCUCACUCUGGCUGCUGCUCAGGGGCAUCAUUAGUGUAGCAGUGAAUGAGGGCCCCUGAGGCCCUUGGCCCUCCUGCCCUCUGAGGCCAAGAGGGCAGGGCAGGGCAGGGCACAGCCUUGGAGGCCCCUACAGGUUUCCUUCUGGACCCUAUCUUGUCUGGAAAAAAACAACAACCACUCAACCAAACAUGGGAAAGAGACAAUCCCACACUGAGGUUGUUUUCUAAACCAUGAAGUUUUACUUUACAAACUGGCAGCCAGGAGGGCCUUGGCCAGGACAAGGGUUGGCGCCUACCUUCUUCCCAGUUCAGGGCCUUCGGCCCCUUUGGCUAGGUACCCCCCUCCCCCGCCCCUCUUCCAGCAGUAUCAUGGAAAGAACACCGGGUUUAGAGUCCAAAGCUACCUUUGAAUCCCAGCUUUGUCACUGUGUGACCUUAAGAGUCCCUUCUCUCGAGGCCUCAGUUUCCCCACCUUUAAAAAGAGGGUUGAACUAGAUGAUCUCCAAGGCCCCUUUCUAGAUCCAAGAUCCCAUAAUCUGAACUGAGACAUUCCAGGCCUAAGACCUGUUAAGCCCUUGCUGAAAUAGAAGGGUGAGCAAGGGAGGGGCAACAGAACAUCCAGUUUUGUUGUGAAUGCUUGAAUACUUCCUACUAAGGCAUUCUGUUUCGGCCUGGGAAGAAGGCAGACUUCCCAAUACCUAUAAUACCUAGGAGCUCAGCAGUAAUGGCUGUUGGUAACUUAAAAGCAGCUCUCUGCCCACUCCUAGGCCUGGAAUCAUCACUGAGAACUGUCUCACCCUGACCGCUCCCCCACAAAGAGGGCUGGCCCCCUGGGCCUCUCUACUGGCCCCUGCUGCCUGAUGGUAAAUGUAGCCCUUGGUCAGUUUCUUCUGUUGCAGGUGGUCCAGCCUCCCCUUCCUGUCUGAAUGAGUGACAGAAGGGCUGAUCCCCGAUCCCCUGCAGCAGCCAAGACCACGUGAUGGAACGUGCCUCUUUGCCUCCCAAACGUGUGUGGGAGUGGGAGUGCAGCACGGACAUGGCCUGGGUCUUUUGGAGUCUAGUGAGUGGCCAGGAUCUUACAUGGAAGUUGGGACCCAAGUAGCAAAAGGGGACAAUAGGGGCUCGGGUAGAGGACCUCCUUGAAAUGGCCUUUUUAGAGUUCCCUCCAGCAGAAAGGCGAAGCCGGCGCCCGCUCUAGCCAUGGACAUUUAAAUCCUGGAGGAGUUUGGGACAAAUAAACAAAUGUGCAAACUUUGCCUUGGUAUGUGCACUGGCUCCCAGGGUGCAACAGGCUUGACCCCAUGAACAGCAGGAAGUUGGACUCUGGGACCGAGGAGGCUAGGCUUGUUUGAAAUCCCCAGAUCUGCCGGGGGUCUGUAUUCUCUGCCAGAGCGGAAAUUGGAAAUGGAGUCGUGCAGGGGGCUGGGUUGGGCUGCUUUGGAUCCGAGUCUUCUCAGCUCAAGUGGAAAAAGUGUUUUCUUUCAAAAAUGAAAAUUCCUGGGCAGCUAGCAUAGCAUCAUCCCUCUGGCCAGGUAGCAGCUCCAGGGGCCACGUGGUGGUGAGAAGGGCCCUCUCUCCUCCUGCCCAAUGGUCAAUGAUGAGGGUGGUCCUGAAUCCUGGUGCCACCAUUGGGCCUUGAGGCUCAGCCCUCAAACGGCCAUUACUGGGAAAGGCCUGGCAAGGGAGGAUCUGUAAAUAUAGCCUUCCGCAUGGCUAGAAAUAGGCUCCACAUUCAAUUCAGUUAAGAAUUUUUAAAGCUUUUUUUUUUAACUAGCAAGCAUUUAUUUUCUCUUCUACCUCCCCCUUCCUUCAUUGAAAGUUGUUGAGGAUUGAAUAUAUUGCCCCCUUCCCAGGGGAUCAGAGACUAUAGGGAGAGGGUGAUGUUUACCUCCAAGGAAUGGUUUGCCAAUAGUGGGAUUUUAGGCCCUUGUAGGGGAGUGAAAUGGGGGAAACAGCCUUUGUAAGAACCCAUAAAUAAGCACAGGAAAGGGAGUCCCAUCUCUGCCACUUACUGGUUGUACGACUUGGGGCAAAUCCUCUCUGGGCCUCAGUUUCCCCAUCUGCAAGAUGGCUACUAAGGUCUGUUUCAGUGCUAACAUUUCAUUUAUACUCCCCCUGAAUGGAAGAUGCCAAGGGCAUCAUUCCUUUCAACCUCUGAAAGAGGGAGUCUUGGAUGAGAUGGGGAGAUCACCACUACUGUACUCCUCCCAUCCCCACCUCCGAGCAGCACAAAGAAUACAGAUGAGGGUUUAUUGAAGGUGGGAGACAGAUGUCUCAACUCAACUCAAGCCGAGGAAAAAAAGCAAAGCCUUAGGAGAUUUUUCCAAUUCGUUCUCCCUGCAGGGUAAUGUGGUUUCUCAGUCUGACCCUGGUGCCAGACUAAUUUUGCCCACCCCCCAGCCCCCAGCUCUGCCUGCUGGGGUUCAUUACUCAGCCCCAACACCUAGCUCCUAGCUACCACCCAAGGUCACAGGCUGCUCCCUGGCUUUUUCCCAAUCCCAAGUGCUUGCCUCCACCCCCACCUCAGCCCUCCACAAACCCCCAGGCCUCAGCCUGUUUGAUCACCCCAAAUCAUUAGAUUUCAAAGCUAGUGAAUCCCAUCAUUUUUAUGAGCAUUUUCUCUCCUCCCUUUCAUCUCUGGGAAGGCAGCAGACCUGCCUCCCUCACACAGUAACCUCAGUUGCUGGCUCCAUCGAGAGCUAUAAGAAAGGUGCCAGCAUUUGAGGGGUUAAACAAUACCUUUGGGUUGAGGCUUGGCAUCUUAGAAGAUCUCUUCUGACUGUUGCACAUCCCUGGAAGGGGCACAGAUGCAGGCCCAGGACAUGCAUAAGACAGGAGAUCAGAGGAACCAACACUCAACAAUCAACCCAGGCUAGAGGGAGGCCCUGAGCCCAGCUUCUUCUGGGCAGGGAUAACGUUCGCUUGUCUUGGCCUAGAGCAGGCCCCAAAUCACUUUCAAGCCUGCCUGCCCUUGGUCUUGUGCUCGCCUCAGCCUCUGAAUUACCCCUGGGCCUCACCAUUCCACCAGCCUCAUGGUCCGGCCUACUCCCUCUUUCAGGCUUUCCCCCCAGCAGUUCCCUGCUCACCCGCAAAGCUUGGCAGAAGGAUUCCAGUGGCCCUAGCAUUCCCUCUCUGCCUCUCACCCAACCUGAGGCUGUUGGGCUGGCCCCACUCAGAGGGCCACUCGGGCCCCCUGCUUGGCUCCCCUAGAGUGCCAGCCCUGUCUCCACUUGAGGCAGGGUCAGGGCACAGCCUUUCCCCAUCAGCAUCUCUCCUGGGUCUUUCAUCCUGGGUCGCCUCCACGUCUGAGAACUAGUCAUCCUCAUACUCUAUAGUCAUAUGAGCAGGACGAGGAGGCAUUGAGACAAGGUCUGUUGCAUAUGCUAUCUCGCCUGGCCUUCCAGAAACAGUUGUAUAUCCACAUGUAUUUUCCUUCUUCUUGUUCAAUUUGCUGUUACAAUUUGCUGAGCCGCUCAACAAAUUGGCCUUCUUCCCCAGCCAAGAGCUGCCCUUCAGAAGAUUCUGAGAUUAUACUCUACACCUCUCAAGUAUUGUAUUAAAAGGUGACAACCCUC